UCAGCUAUAUUCUCUCCCUGUUCUUGUCUCUUCUGUUCUCGUUCUCUAUCAUCACCAUGGAGACCCAGCCAGAGAACCAACACAUGCGCGAAAAUUCUCAAGUCAAUCCCACUUGACUCGACCUCCUCGAGGUCAACCAGAAUCGAAUUGCCACUUGGAAACUCACCGGUGCUCAGCAACCCUCUGUGCUCUUCUCUCUCGAACUUAGCAAUGCAACUCCGUACUGCGUACCUGUGCUUCGGCUUACUUUUGCUCCUGGCUGGAAGUUCACAUCAGGCGACCUUGGCCAAUGCAACAUACUACGUUGGUGCCGUGGCAGAAUAUUAUCCUGUGACUUCCGGUACCAAUGGUACUGUUAUUUCUACUGCAAAUGCCAAUAACUAUGCGACCUUCGUCAAGAAAGCUUCCAGUUAUAGUGCAGAUAUCAUAGUCUUCCCUGAAGGUACCCUAACUGCUGGAUUGCAAGAAUCCAGCACGAAUAGAACAAAUUAUACAUCUUACAGUUCCUUCAUACCCAAUGAAAGUGAGGGCGUCAUCCCCUGUGGCAAUGCAAGCAGUACAGUUAUCGAGGCCUUGAAGAUCAUGUCUUGCGCCGCACGGAAUUACUCCAUGUACAUCCUGGUCAAUGUCAAUGAGAAGGAGAAUUGUACGAAUGCCACUUCCUGUCCGAGUGACGGAUAUUAUUUCUACAGUACAAACGUAGUAUUCAAUCGAUCCGGGAGUAUCAUAUCAAAAUAUCGAAAGUACAAUCUAUUUAAUCAGCCAGGCUUCGAUAUCACCUCGUCCGCCCAGAAUGCGACCUUUGUGUCAGACUUCAACGUGACUUUUGGCCACUUUAUCGGCUUCGAUAUCACGUAUAGAUAUCCAGCACUGUCAUUGCUGGAAAACGUUAACGUAACGGAUAUCCUGUUUCCAUCACGGUGGUAUUCACAAUUGCCUUACACGACAGCCGUGCAGGUGCAGGCUGCCUGGGCGCACAGGAACAACGUCAACUUCUUGGCUGCAGGUUAUAGUGAUCCCUCAACCGGAAGUGGGGGCGCAGGAUUAUAUGCUGGCAACAGCGGCAUCAUAAUUUCCGCUUUCUCAGAGUCACCAAGCAAUCUUCUUCUUGUGGCCAGAAUACCGAAAAUUAAUGGAACCCGUGCUGCCAUUAAUUCCAGUUCUAAUUUAACGUAUAAAUUCGAUUCCACUGAAAUCACAACAAGAAACGUGUUGCUAUCGACUCAUCAAGUAGUCAGUCGUGAAAACAUUUCACCUUACACGACAAGUCUUAUUGGACUUAAUAAUGCUACUUAUAAUCAAACUAUCUGCAACAGUGGACUAUGCUGCAAGUUUAAUGUCAGUGUUGUUUAUAAUUCUACUCUCGUUUCCAGUUCUAACAAUUCAUAUUACAGGUAUCGCUUUGCUGUUUUCAAUGGAGUGAAGACAUACUCUAAUGUCAUUACGAAUGGAAUUCAAGUUUGCAGUAUUAUUGCCUGCAUUAAUGAUACUCAGGAUAGCUGUGCUUACAGAUAUGACACCAAUGCUACCCUGAUUCAUCCUACAAACUUUACAUUCAUUAGUAUUACUGGAAACUUCUCCAAUCAGACUAGCUACUUCCAGCUACCAUACACACUCGCAACAAAUUUGCUGCCAUUGAAUUCCAGCAGUUAUAGUUUCGCAUUAACUAAUCUCAAUUCUACUUAUAAUACCAUUGGAUUUAAUUUAACUUCUCCGCAGAGCAGUCUUUUCACAUAUGCUAUCUGGGGCAGAAACUUCGCUACAGAUGGUUUAUCUAUUGCCACUACAUCCUCAGCUGUACGACCCAUACCUAUGAUUCUAGGAAUUGUGAUGAUUAUUUUAGGAGUAGGUAAUAUGUAAUACAUGUUCAAAGUAGUACUAUAAUUCUUAUGUUCAACAUACCCAGUAUCCGUUAUGUAGAUAACUGAAUUUUGGUAAAUUACGCUCGUAUAGUGUUUAUCCUGGAUAAAUCCUGACAUGUGGGUGAUUGAUGAUAGGAUUUAGGGUCAUUGAGCUCUACGAUUAAUUCUAAGUCUCGUAACCAACUGAAUAUAAUUGGAUUGAGAUCUCCUUAUAGAUCAUAUUUAUACAAUGACCAGCCAAUAUUUUGAGUAUUGAAUGUUUUGUGUAUUUUAGAGAAAGCUCCAUAAAUCUAUUAAUGUAGAUAUUUGUUUAAUCUAUGGUAUUCUAUUUUGAUUAAUUAUACUUCAUAGUUGUAUAAUAAAUCAUGUGUUUCGUUUA